AAACGAAUUGUACCUCGUAAUUAAACCGUCUGAUAUUAGCUCAUGAGGGAAGGCUGGGCUGUUUUUCAAUAGUAGCUGUGUCAGUGAAAGCAGCAUCUGAUUGCUCCAAGCAUUACGUGGCCUCUGUCAUUAAUUGCCACAAACGAUUUGGUCUAUUGGAUUAGAUUGGAAGACAGAGACACCCUUAAAAAAAAAUGCAAACCCUGACAAAGAUGACCUUUGAGGCAGGGAGUAGAGUGAAGCUGCUGUUUGACUUCUGGGAUGUGCAGGGACCCGCAGGGAUGGUGUUGUCUGUGUUCGUGGUCCUCCUGUUGACAGUGUUCUACGAGCUGCUGAAGGUGUGGAAAGUCCAGCUGGGAAAGCCCUUAAAGCAGCCCACUCAGCCAGCCUUCCCACUGCCCUUCCCCCCUCCCCUCCACUCCUCAGACUGCCAGGGAAGCAGCGCCGUGUUUGCCAGUAGCCUGUCAGAGUCUUCUCUGGCCCCCACGGAACAGGCUGCUCCCACUCCCUCCCCCAUGAACAGAUGGCGUCUUCAUGGUAUCCAGACAGCCAUACACAUCCUGCAGGUGACUCUGGGCUACAUACUGAUGCUGUGUGUCAUGUCCUACAACACCUGGAUCUUCCUGGGGGUCAUCUUGGGCUCUGUCCUGGGAUACUUCAUAUGGUUCCCUCUACUGGGUCAAAUCUGAUCAAACAGCGGAAUCGAAAAAGUCCUUUUCCUGGACUACAGAUCUACAGGGACUAGAUAUCCCAUACCUGUUGAUCAAAGAUUUGAUCUGAAGAGCAUAUCGUACAAACUCCCAUGGUGUUUGUCAUUCUGACUCUGUUGUGCACUGAUGCGCAAUAGAUCUCCCUGUGACUGUCGCUUAUCAAGUUACCUGAAGUGGAAGGUUGUCACAGUAUUUCUUCCCUACUUAUACAUGAUCUUAUGUAAAAAGCAAGAUGGAGACUUCCAUAUAGUGACAGAUGUACACAGAGUACAGCAUGGUAGAUGAGCGAUCAAGCACACCCAUGGUACCUUUUUAUCACAAAGUUUCAUCAAGUUUUACAUUUUGUGUUCAAGCAAGGCAACUGUUACCCUGUACUAUGUACUACACAUCCACAGUCAUAAUUUUGACCAGGGCCCGUGAGUAGCUACAGGGCUUGAGUUCAAUGUUGUCAACCUGUGGUUACUUGACUUAAGGCAGGGCUGCCCAACCCUCUUCCUGGAGAUCUACUGUCCUGUAGGUUUUCUGUCCAACCCUAAUUUAGGAUAUCUAAUUAGUAGAAUCAGGUGUGUUUAAAUUAGGGUUGGAAUGAAAACCCACAGGACUGUAGAUCUCCAGGAAGAGGUUUGGGCAGCCCUGACCUAAGGUUUGUCAUUCUACCAUUUCACUCCAAGGUCAGACUUCCAGCCAGCACUAUAGUCACAAGACAACAUUGAGGAAUUGCCACCUUGACAGCACAGAAGCAUGUGAUGGAGUAUUGUAAACUCCAUAGAUACCCAAUGAGCCUGACAUGCAGUAACAGAUUGUUCUAGUGCUCUGAAAUACAGAGGAGAACAGAAUCUGGGUCAUGUUGUGUUUUUUAAUCAUUUGCAAGAGAGCCACUGUAGAGAAACCAACCAUUUAGUGCCUUUUAUAUCCAAUAAACAGAUGGAUAUUUAUUUUAAUUAGCUAUUUUCUGUUGAAUUAUCCAGUAGCCUAGUUUGAAAACAUGAAUGAAUGCAAUACUUUUUUUAAUGCCCAAUUGAUUUAUAAAGUCAACUGAAAGUAGAUAACGGACUACUCAUACAAGGCUUCUAAAGUGGUUUUGUUCAAAAAGUUCCAAUUGAGAAAUACCCAUGUAGACACUGUUGUUUUAGUGUAAUUUUAUUCUAAUUAUCAAUAAAUACCACCAACUUUAAGAA